GUUGAUUGUUGGGUUUUGUAAAAAAAAUGUUAUCAGUGGAAGACGUAAUCUGAUAAGGGAUUUCAUAAUUUCCUAGCAUUAUCACUAGACCGCAGUGUCGAAUGUUUAUAUAAAUAAUAAUUAAUAAUGUCUUCUGAGAUUAGCGAAGAAAUUGACGUAAUGCAAGGAUUGAAAAAUGUUUUAACUCAAAUUGAAGCUGCUGUUACCAGAAGAAGCAAGGACUUACCACAAGUCACUCCAAGAUUGGUUGCUGUAUCCAAGAUCAAGCCGGCGUCUUUAGUAAUACAAGCGUACGAAGCUGGUCAAGUACAUUUUGGGGAAAAUUAUGUCAACGAGCUGAAUGAAAAAUCAAAUAAUCCUGAACUCCUAGAGAAAUGUAAAGAUAUUAAAUGGCACUUCAUAGGUCACCUGCAGACCAAUAAAAUAAACUUAUUAUUGAAGUCACCGGGAUUAUUCAUGGUACAAACAAUUCAUUCAGAAAAGUUGGCCGAAAAUUUGAAUAAACAAUGGGCUAAGUUCAGGAAAGAAGAGGAGAAGCUUAAAGUUAUGGUCCAGAUCAAUACGAGCAACGAGGAAGCAAAAAGUGGUGUAGAGCCAUCCGAAGCUACGAGCCUUGUGGAGUAUGUCCUAAAGAACUGCCCCAAUCUUAACUUCCAAGGGUUGAUGACUAUAGGACAGUAUGACUAUGACAUUUCUAAAGGUCCCAACCCAGACUUCCUAUGCCUAGUCAAAUGUAGACAAGAAGUUUGUGAGAAGUUAAAUCUGGACAUAAACAAUGUAGAGUUGUCUAUGGGAAUGUCUACUGAUUUCGCUCAUGCCAUCGAGUUGGGAGCAACAACUGUACGAGUUGGAUCCGUUAUUUUUGGUGCGCGACCGCAAAAAAAUAAGUAAAUAAAUAAAUAAAAUAAUUACAAUAUACCAUCGUUAUCGGUACCAUAUAUAUAUAUACAAUGCCAGAUAAAAUAACUACCUACACUCCAAAAGAACCAAUCUUUAUUUAUUUUAAGUAUCCUAUUGCUGCAUUAGAUGGAUUACAAUUCAUAUGAAUUUAAUCAAAAUCGUCCGAGCAAAGGGUCAGGUCAAGAGUACCGGAAACAAAUGAAGUAUGCAGAGAUCGUGGCAAGUGGAAAGAUGCCUCUGCCUACCCCUCCGGGAAAAAGGCGCGAUUUUAUGUGUGUAUAUAUGAAUUUAAAUUAUAAUGUCUACAUACCUACUAAUACUAUUAAGAGAGAAGUUUUGUAUAUUUUUUUUUUAAAUAAAACUACUAAACAGCACAGACAACCUUCAGAAGUAACAAAGGCUACAUCUUUUCUGGAUUAUAUCUAACACGGGUACUAAGCCCUGCGCAAAAGUUAAAACUAUUAACCAAUUAAAAAAUAGGUAAAAUGUAAGCAUUACUUAUUUUAAAUAGUAACUACUACCUCUUGCAUUGGAUCCCGUUGUUAAAUAUAUAUAGUAUAGUAAAAUAUAUAGUGUAAACAUGAGUAAAUCAUGUAACAAGUUUAAUGUCUUCCAUGCUUUUUUUUUUGUUAAAUAUAUAUAAAAUGUUUUCGUUUAUUG